CUUGUCUGUAGGCAUUUAUUUUCUCUUUAUUACAUUUGCAGGCACCAGCUUAUUGCAGGAAGUAGUAUAUUUGGUUAGCCAAGGAGCUGAUCCUGAUGAAAUUGGAUUAAUGAAUAUAGAUGAGCAGCUUCCCGUCCUAGAGUAUCCUCAGCCUGGUCUGGACAUUCUUAAGGAGCUGACCUCUCCCCGCCUCAUCAAAAGCCACCUUCCAUAUCGUUUUUUGCCUUCAGACCUACACAGUGGAGAUUCAAAGGUAAUAUACAUGGCUCGCAAUCCUAAAGACCUGGUAGUGUCUUAUUACCAGUUUCAUCGCUCUCUACGGACUAUGAGCUACAGAGGAACGUUCCAAGAGUUUUGCCGGAGAUUUAUGAAUGAUAAGU